AUGACGGGUUCAGCCAGAUCCAUGGGCCACCAAAUGUACAACAUCCGUACGUUGAUCGCUCAAGUAUCUCUGCAGCAUGAGAAUACCACCUACACAUCUCCAACCCACGCGGGCUCCGGACACGAUCACUUUUCAUACUCUCAUUGGCAUGAUAUCGUUGAGCGUGCUUGGUGGAAGCGGUGGGAAUACCAAAGCUCUGAAACGCAGCGAAGCGACCAAAGAAAGCACAGAUGUAUCCCGUUCGAGGAUGAUUCUUCCUCAUCGCCGAAUAGGCAGGCCACAUUCCGCGAAACGUUCCAAAAUGAGUUUUUGGAUAGCAUCGCGGAUGAAUGGUUUGAGAAGCUUGAGGCCAAAACGCUACCUCUUUUCAAGAAGAAUAAAGACACUCGUGUUACGACUCGUUCCCGUCCUAAGCCGGUUCGUGUUGCAGUCUUAGACACCGGCAUAGACCCAGAGUGCUCUUUCAGAACUCGUAUUAGGGGCGGCAGGAACUUUUGCGAGGGAGAAAAGCGAGGAAAUUUCUGGGAAGAUGAGUCGGGCCAUGGCACAGCAGUCGCAUAUCAAGUUGCCCGCAUAUGUCCGAAUGCCGAAAUUUACAUCGCCCGAAUAGCUCAACGUACGGAAGAAGGCGACACAAUGGUACCCGAUAGGAACGCCAUAGUCCAGGCGCUAAAAGUAGCCAGCGAGGAGUGGAAGGUCGAUAUAAUCAACAUGUCUUUUGGUUGGGAGUUACAAGACGACGACGACGGAGUGGAAGAAGCACUGAACGCAGUAGGAAACUUGGGACAUAUUCUGGUCUUUGCCCCCUCAACCAACGGCGGAGCGCUAACUGACAUCCUCUUCCCGGCUCGACACCGCGACGUCAUUGCAGUGGAUGCUGUGGAUGGCUUAGGAAAACCAUUUUCGAAUACUGGAUCCACAGAAUGUGGUCGCAAGCAAGAACGUUUCUCAGCCCCUGGUCUUAACGUUGCAGCGCCGUAUAACACUAGAGUGACUGGCAGUUCUUUUGCGUCCCCAAUCGUUGCUAGCGUCGCAGGCCUAGUCCUAGAAAUGUUUCGAAAGGAAAUUCCGGAUCUGAAUGCAAGUAUCUACAAGCGCCUUGGGACGAAGGGGGUCAUGGAAAGCAUUUUGAAGCUAUUAUCAAAAGAGGUGGAGGGUUUUAAUUUCCUGCAGCCUUGGAUCGAGCUCCAAACGGGGCACAGUAGGAGGUAUUUCUGUGAGCGCAUUAUCAAUAGCGUUAUAAGACCUACGUAUAAGAGGAUAGGUAUGUCGUAUAUGGGAACGGUAGAUACACAUGGGUGGAGUCCGACGAUAGAAGCAGACUAG